AUGCUAAGGAAAACGGACCAAGGACAACAGUUACCCAACCUUCGGGCGAUUGUUCACUCUUCGUUGCGCCAGAACUGCGGAGAUCGAUUGACGGCUGCUCCAGCUGGCAAAAGAAAGCUUAAACUCGGCAACAAGGCCAUCAAUGCCAAGCGCAAUGUACAGAAUCGCAUUGGCCGCGAGACGCUUCGCCGCGAAGAGCAAACCUCUUAG